CCUUAUGUCCCUGCUGGACACUGCUGGCCCGGCUGAGAGGAGUUUGCAGAUGGGGAAUACAGCGUGCUCCUCUGGAAAGUCCUGUACGGCGAAGUUCCUUGGGCGUCAUGUCAGACAGGCGGGCAGUGUUUAGUGUUUUGUCACCUCCGGGUUAAAACUCCAGGUUAAACAUUCCCACUGAAGACUAAGAAGAAACAGCAGUGAACAUGCCGGACAACAAAGCGACGAGAGGAAUCUAACUUUAAUUCCAGGCUGUGGGAAACUGGGCAAACUGGAGUGGAAACCCUCUAAAUUCUGCUUUUGAGUUUUCUUUUUCUCCUGAAGCCAGAGACACUUAAUCCAAGUAACUGGAUGUGGCUACAGAUGGUGCUGGCUAACGGAAACCCGACGGAGAGCGGGAGCGAUGGCCUGCAGGCCGGGCUGCAGCUCUGGGCUUUCCUCUGGUCCGCACCGCCGCGCAGCCCCGGGCCGGAAAGGGGGGAGCAGCUGGGUCCAGGCGGAGCAUCACGCGUCGCCAUGGCAACGCCGGGCGCCGCAAACAGCCGGGAGAGCCCGAGGACGCGCGGCCCAAGUGUACUCCGCGGACAGCGCGGGCCGGCACGGCGGCGGCGGCGGCGGCGGCGCCGGGGACCCCGGCCAGAUCGUGGAAACCGCGGCUCGAGUCCCCGCGGAGAGCGCCGCGCAGCGCCAUGGAGAAGCCGCAAAGACUAAAGGAAGAGAAGGAAGCCAAGCGGGCUCAUUUGGACGGCAGACAUGAUUACUUAUUCGCAAUUGUAGCUUCCUGUUUGGACCUGAACAAAAGUGAAGUGGAAGAUGCAAUUCUUGAGGGGAAUCAGAUUGAACGAAUUGAUCAACUUUUUACUGCUGGAGGUCUCCGUCACCUUAUGUUUUACUAUCAGGAUGUGGAGGUAGCAGAAACAGGAAAAGUUGGUGCACCAGGAGGGGUGACUCUUGUGUCUGGAAAGGUUAAAAAACCUAAGGUGUUUGUGACUGAGGGAAAAGAUGUCGCUCUUUUGGGAGUCUGUGUGUUUUUCAUUCGGGUUGAUUCUUCCAAGGCCAUCACACCCGAAAACAUCCACCGGGAGGUGAGCUUUAACAUGUUAGAUACUGCAGAUGGGGGCCUGCUAAAUAGUGUGAGAUGUUUGCUUUCGGACGUCUUUAUACCCGCUCUCAGGGCCUCUAGUCAUGGCUGGGGUGAGCUCGAGGGUCUUCAGGAUGCACCUAGCAUUCGUCAGGAGUUCCUGAACUCUCUGGAAGGCUUUGUGAGUGUCCUGUCUGGUGCACAGGAGAGUUUGAAGGAGAAGGUAAACCUUCAAAAAUGUGACAUAUUGGAACUGAAAACCCUGAAGGAACCUGUGGACUACUUGAUGUUAGCUAGUAACCCUGAGAUUUUGGAAAAAGUAGAAGAUUGUAUGAAAGUGUGGAUCAAACAGACAGAACAGGUGCUUGCUGAAAACAAUCAGUUGCGGAAGGAGGCAGAUGAUGUUGGUCCCCGAGGAGAGCUGGAGCACUGGAAGAAAAGACUUUCCAAGUUUAACUACCUCGUGGAUCAAUUGAAAAGCCCUGAUGUGAGGGAUGUGUUGGCUGUACUAGCUGCCGCCAGGUCCAAGCUUUUGAAGACUUGGCGGGAGACGGAUGUUCGAAUCACUGAUGCUGCUAAUGAAGCAAAGGACAAUGUCAAAUAUUUGUACACUCUUGAGAAAUGCUGUGACCCGCUGUACAGCAAUGAUCCUAUAUCCAUGAUUGAUGCGAUUCCUACACUUAUAAGUGCAAUUAAAAUGAUCUACAGUAUCUCUCAGUACUAUAACACGUCAGAGAGGGUUACGUCUCUAUUUGUAAAGGUGACAAAUCAGAUGAUAUCCGCAUGUAAGGCCUAUAUUACCAAUGACGGAGCUGCAUCCAUCUGGAGCCAGCCACAGGAUGUUGUCGUGGAAAAGAUAUUGUCUGCAAUUAAACUUAAGGAGGAAUACCAGCGCUGCUUUCACAAGACAAAACAAAGACUCAGACAAAAUCCAAGUGAAAAACAAUUUGAGUUUAGCGAGAUGUAUAUUUUUGGCAAAUUUGAAACUUUCCACCGACGCCUUGCCAAGAUAAUGGACAUCUUUACCACCCUCAAAACAUACUCAGUCUUACAGGACUCUAACAUUGAAGGACUGGAUGAUAUGGUCACUAAGUACCAGUACAUCAUUACAACCAUAAAGAAAAAGGAGUAUAACUUCUUAGACCAGAAGAAAAUGGAUUUUGAUCAGGAUUAUGAAGAGUUUUGCAAGCAGACUAAUGACCUUCAUAACGAAUUACAGAAGUUCAUGGAUAUUUCAUUUGAAAAGAUUCAAGACACAAAUCAAGCAUUAAGUAUGUUAAAAAAAUUUGAAAGGUUGGAUAUACCUAAUCUCGGUAUUGAUGAUAAAUACCGACUGAUCCUUGAGAACUAUGGUGCUGACAUUGAUAUGAUUUCAAAGCUGUAUAUGAAGCAGAAGCAUGAUCCUCCUUUGGCUCGAGACCAGCCUCCCAUUGCUGGGAAGAUCUUGUGGGCCCGACAGCUCUUCCACAGAAUCCAGCAACCCAUGCAGCUCUUCCAAGAGCACCCAACUGUGCUGAGGACGCCUGAAGCGAAGCCUGUAAUUCGCAGUUACAACAGGGUGGCCAGGGUCCUCCUGGAGUUUGAGGUUCUCUACCACAGGGCAUGGCUUCAACAGAUCGAAGGAAUUCACAUAGGUUUGGAGGCUUCUUUACUGGUGAAGGCGCCUGGCACAGGGGAACUGUUUGUGAACUUUGAUCCUCAGAUAUUAAUAUUAUUCAGAGAAACAGAGUGCAUGUCACAGAUGGGUCUGGAAGUCUCACCGUUUGCAGCUACCCUCUUCCAGAAACGGGAUACAUACAAAAAGAAUUUCAGUAACAUGAAGAUGAUGCUGGCCGAAUACCAGAGAGUGAAGUCACAAAUCCCCCCUGCUGUCGAGCAACUGAUGGUCCCUCAUUUGGCUAAAGUGGAUGAAGCACUUCAGCCUGGCUUGGCUGCCCUGACCUGGACAUCACUGAAUAUUGAGUCGUAUUUAGAAAACACUUUUGCAAAGAUCAAGGACCUAGAGCUGCUGCUGCACCGGGCCCGCGACUUGAUUGAGUUCCGCAUCGAUGCCGUCCUGGAGGACAUGGGCAGCAUCCCGCUUUGUCAGCUCCCCCAGGUGGAGCCGCUUGCCUGUGAAGAGUUUCUCCAAAUGACAAAGGACCUUUGUGUAAAUGGUGCUCAGAUACUAUACUUUAAAAGCUCAUUAGUAGAGGAAGCAGUCAAUGAGCUAAUAAACAUGUUGCUGGAUGUGGAAGAAAAUGAAAAAGCAUCUAAUGAGCAUAAUGUUGAUUCAAAAACCAAAACCUCAGCAAAAAGGGAAGAAGGAAGUCCUGAUGCCGUGACAUCGUCUCCUAAUUCUGGGGGUGGCCCCUUGCCCUCCCCAGCAGUCACAAGAAAGAAGAAAGAGACCGAGAUGUUAGAGGAGGAAGCCUGUGAGCUGCUGUCUCAUUUCAACCAUCAGAACGUGGAUGCUCUUCUGAAAGUUACAAGGAAUACGCUAGAGGCCAUUCGCAAGCGCAUCCAUUCCUCCCGCUCGAUCAGCUUCCUGGACAGCAACAAUGCAUAUAAGGUGAAGCAGAACAAUAUCCCUAUCUUCCGGGCAAGCAUCACUUUGGCCAUUCCCAACAUUACCAUGGUGCCUGCCCUGGAAGACAUACAGCAGACUCUGAAUAAAGCUGUGGAGUAUAUCAUCAGUGUCCCCAAGGGAGUCCGACAGUGGAGCAGUGAGCCAGUGUCCAAGAAAAAGAUGCAUGAAAGAAAAAUGGCUGCUUUGCAGGAUACUGAAGACAGUGAUUCUGAGAUGGGAGAGAAUGAACCUCAAGAUACCUUGGAGGCAGCAUCUGUAAACUUACCCAUUCCUGUGCAAACCAAGAACUAUUAUAAGAAUGUUUCUGACAACAAAGAGAUUGUGAAAUUGGUCUCCGUGCUUAGCACCAUCAUCAAUUCCACCAAAAAGGAAGUUAUUACAUCCAUGGAUUGCUUCAGACACUACAAUCAUAUUUGGCAAAAGGAAAAAGAAGAAACCAUUAUGACAUUUAUUAUGCAAAACCCUUUGCUUUCUGAGUUUGAGUCCCAGAUUCUUUAUUACCGGAACCUGGAGCAGGACAUUAAUGCUGAGCCUGAGUAUAUCUGUGUGGGUUCCAUUGCGCUGUACACAGCUGACUUGAAGUUUUCCCUGACUGCUGAAAUAAAAGCCUGGAUGGUUGUCAUUGGCCGCCACUGUAACAAAAAAUACAGGAGUGAGAUGGAAAACAUUUUUACUCUCAUUGAAGAAUUCAAUAAGAAACUGAACCGCCCAAUUAAGGAUCUAGAUGAUAUUCGGAUUGCAAUGGCUGCCCUGAAAGAAGUCAGGGAUCAGCAAAUCCUUGUUGAUUUUCAAGUAGGACCCAUCGAGGAAUCUUAUGCCCUGCUUAACAAAUAUGGACUUCUGAUAGCAAAGGAAGAGAUGGACAAAGUGGACACCUUGCGCUAUGCUUGGGAGAAGCUCCUGGCACGUGCCAGUGAGGUCCAGAAUGAAUUAGUCUCCCUGCAGCCCAGUUUCAGGAAGGAGCUUAUUGGUACCGUGGAGGUCUUUCUCCAAGACUGCCACCAGUUUUAUCUGGAUUAUGAUUUGAAUGGUCCUAUGGUGAGUGGCUUGAAUCCCCAGGAAGCCAGUGAUAGGCUUAUGAUGUUUCAGAAUCAGUUUGAUAAUAUCUAUCGGAAAUACAUCACCUAUACCGGAGGAGAGGAACUUUUUGGUCUUCCAGUUACACAGUAUCCUCAGCUUCUUGAAAUAAAAAAACAGUUAAAUCUUCUACAGAAAAUAUACACUCUGUACAACAGUGUCAUAGAGACUGUAAAUAGUUAUCAAGAUACUCUUUGGUCAGAAGUGAAUAUCGAGAAAAUCAACAGUGAACUCUUGGAAUUCCAGAACAGGUGUCGGAAGCUGCCCCGGGCAUUGAAGGACUGGCAGGCUUAUUUGGACUUGAAAAAGACUAUUGAUGACUUCAGCGAGUGCUGCCCCCUACUGGAAUACAUGGCCAGUAAAGCCAUGAUGGACAGGCACUGGGAGAAGAUCACUGUUCUCACGGGGCGCAGUCUGGACGUGGGGAAUGAAGCUUUUAAGUUAAGAAACAUCAUGGAGGCUCCUCUUCUGAAAUACAAAGAAGAAAUAGAGGACAUCUGUGUUAGUGCCGUCAAAGAGAGAGACAUUGAACAAAAGUUGAAGCAAGUGAUUAAUGAAUGGGACAACAAAACCUUCACAUUUGCCAGCUUUAAAAGCCGUGGAGAACUCCUCCUGAGAGGGGACAGUACCUCCGAAAUCAUCGCCAACAUGGAGGACAGCUUGAUGUUGCUGGGUUCUCUCCUGAGCAACAGAUACAAUAUGCCAUUCAAAGCCCAGAUUCAAAAAUGGGUACAGUACCUUUCCAACUCAACCGACAUCAUCGAGAACUGGAUGACCGUGCAGAACUUGUGGAUUUAUCUAGAAGCUGUCUUCGUGGGAGGAGACAUUGCCAAGCAGUUGCCCAAGGAAGCCAAGUGCUUUUCCAAUAUAGAUAAAUCUUGGGUAAAGAUCAUGACUCGAGCACAUGAAAUGCCCAGCGUGGUGCAGUGCUGCGUCGGAGAUGAGACCAUGGGGCGGCUGUUACCACACUUGUUGGACCAGUUGGAGAUAUGCCAGAAAUCUCUCACUGGAUACUUGGAGAAAAAACGGCUGUGCUUUCCUCGAUUCUUCUUUGUCUCAGAUCCUGCUCUCCUGGAGAUCCUGGGGCAGGCGUCUGACUCCCACACCAUACAAGCCCAUUUGCUGAAUGUGUUUGACAACAUUAAAACUGUCAGGUUCCAUGACAAGAACUAUGAUCGCAUUCUGUCAGUUUCCUCUCGAGAGGGUGAGACCAUUGAGUUGAACAAACCUGUUAUGGCAGAGGGCAACGUGGAAGUCUGGCUAAAUUCUCUCUUGGAGGAAUCUCGGUCCUCGUUACAUCUUGUAAUUCGCCAGGCAGCUGCAAAUAUUCAAGAAACAGGUUUCCAACUGAUUGAAUUUCUUUCUUCUUUUCCUGCUCAGGUUGGGUUAUUAGGGAUUCAAAUGAUAUGGACACGGGAUUCUGAAGAAGCUCUUAGAAACGCCAAAUUUGAUAAAAAAAUCAUGCAGAAAACCAAUCAGUCUUUCCUGGAACUACUUAACACACUGAUAGACAUCACCACAAAAGAUCUGAGCUCCAUGGAACGAGUUAAAUAUGAGACUUUGAUUACUAUUCAUGUGCACCAAAGAGAUAUCUUUGAUGACCUGUGUCAUAUGCAUGUCAAGAGCCCUACGGACUUUGAGUGGCUGAAACAGUGCAGAUUUUAUUUUAAUGAAGAUUCUGACAAGAUGAUGAUUCACAUCACAGAUGUGGCUUUCACAUACCAGAAUGAAUUUUUAGGCUGCACUGACAGGCUUGUCAUAACUCCACUCACAGACAGGUGUUACAUCACGCUGGCUCAAGCCCUGGGGAUGAGCAUGGGGGGUGCCCCUGCCGGACCUGCAGGAACCGGCAAGACGGAGACCACCAAAGACAUGGGGCGAUGCCUCGGGAAGUAUGUGGUGGUUUUCAAUUGUUCAGACCAGAUGGAUUUCCGAGGACUUGGACGGAUCUUUAAAGGAUUGGCACAGUCUGGAUCCUGGGGUUGUUUUGAUGAAUUUAACCGAAUUGAUCUACCAGUUCUGUCAGUUGCAGCUCAGCAAAUUUCCAUUAUUCUCACAUGUAAAAAGGAGCACAAGAAAUCUUUUAUAUUUACUGACGGAGAUAAUGUGACUAUGAACCCUGAAUUUGGACUUUUUCUAACCAUGAAUCCUGGCUAUGCCGGGCGGCAGGAACUCCCUGAGAACUUGAAGAUUAACUUUCGUUCUGUGGCCAUGAUGGUCCCCGACCGGCAGAUUAUUAUAAGGGUGAAGCUGGCCAGUUGUGGCUUCAUUGACAACGUUGUGCUGGCCAGGAAGUUCUUCACGCUAUACAAGCUGUGUGAGGAGCAGCUUUCCAAGCAGGUCCAUUAUGACUUUGGUCUACGGAACAUUCUCUCAGUUCUGCGGACACUGGGGGCGGCAAAAAGAGCUAACCCCACAGACACUGAACCCACGAUUGUCAUGCGAGUGCUACGAGACAUGAAUCUCUCCAAACUGAUUGAUGAGGAUGAACCUUUAUUUUUGAGUUUGAUUGAAGAUCUCUUCCCAAAUAUUCUUUUGGACAAAGCAGGUUACCCUGAACUGGAAAUGGCAAUUAGCAAACAGGUUGAAGCAGCUGGCUUAGUCAACCACCCUCCUUGGAAGCUGAAGGUCAUCCAGCUGUUUGAGACGCAGAGGGUGAGGCAUGGAAUGAUGGCCCUGGGACCCAGUGGAGCGGGGAAGACCACCUGCAUCCACACCUUGAUGAAGGCCAUGUCAGACUGUGGGAAACCACACCAGGAAAUGAGGAUGAAUCCCAAAGCAAUCACAGCCCCACAGAUGUUUGGGCGGCUUGAUGUGGCCACAAAUGACUGGACUGAUGGGAUAUUUUCUACCCUUUGGAGGAAAACUCUGAGAGCUAAGAAAGGGGAACACAUCUGGAUAGUACUUGAUGGUCCAGUUGAUGCCAUCUGGAUUGAAAAUCUGAAUUCUGUUUUGGAUGAUAAUAAAACUCUAACUCUUGCCAAUGGCGACCGGAUUCCUAUGGCUCCAAACUGCAAGAUCAUUUUUGAACCUCAUAACAUUGACAAUGCUUCUCCUGCUACCGUCUCAAGAAAUGGAAUGGUUUUCAUGAGUUCUUCUAUCCUUGAUUGGAGUCCUAUUCUUGAGGGUUUUCUUAAGAAACGCUCAUCUCAAGAAGCCGAAAUUCUGCGCCAGCUGUACACUGAGUAUUUCCCAGACCUAUAUCGCUUCAGCAUUCAGAACCUAGAGUACAAGAUGGAGGUGUUGGAGGCCUUUGUAAUCACGCAGAGUAUCAACAUGCUGCAAGGCCUGAUCCCUCCGAAGGAGCAGGGUGGGGAGGUCGGGCCCGAGCACCUGGGGAAGCUGCUGGUCUUCGCCCUGAUGUGGAGCGUGGGCGCCGCGCUGGAGGUGGACGGGCGCCGCCGGCUGGAGCUGUGGCUGCGCUCGCGGGCCCCGCAGUCAGUGCCCCUGCCGCCGCAGGCGGACCCGGGGGACAGCAUGUUCGACUACUUCGUGGGGCCCGACGGCACCUGGAUGCACUGGAGCACAUGCAUCCAGGAUUACGUGUAUCCAUCCAAUACCACCCCAGAGUAUGGCUCCAUUCUGGUGCCAAAUGUUGACAAUGUGAGGACCGACUUUCUAAUUAAAACCAUUGCUAAACAGGGCAAGGCUGUGCUCUUAAUAGGUGAACAAGGAACAGCCAAAACGGUCAUAAUCAAAGGAUUCAUGUCAAAGUAUGACCCUGAAAGUCACAUGAUCAAAAGCCUGAACUUUUCUUCAGCAACCACCCCGCUGAUGUUUCAGAGGACAAUAGAGAGUUAUGUGGAUAAACGCAUGGGUACAACAUACGGCCCUCCUGCAGGAAAGAAGAUGACUGUUUUUAUUGAUGAUGUGAAUAUGCCAAUAAUCAAUGAGUGGGGAGAUCAGGUUACUAAUGAGAUCGUCCGGCAGCUGAUGGAACAGAAUGGAUUCUACAACCUAGAGAAGCCUGGGGAAUUUACUAGUGUGGUGGACAUCCAGUUCCUGGCAGCCAUGAUCCAUCCUGGGGGUGGACGCAAUGACAUCCCGCAGCGACUGAAGAGACAGUUCUCCAUAUUUAACUGCACGUUGCCCUCCGAGGCGUCCAUGGACAAGAUCUUUGGUGUGAUUGGAGUAGGCUACUACUGUCCUCAGAGGGGUUUCUCAGAGGAAGUGAGAGAUGCGGUGAUGAAACUAGUGCCUCUGACACGCCGACUAUGGCAGAUGACCAAGAUUAAAAUGCUUCCUACGCCUGCAAAAUUCCAUUAUGUAUUUAACCUUCGAGAUCUUUCUAGGAUCUGGCAGGGGAUGCUGAACGCCACUUCAGAGGUCAUCAAAGAACCAGAGGUGCUGCUCAAGCUGUGGAAGCACGAAUGCAAACGUGUGAUAGCCGAUCGUUUCACUGGGUCUGAUGAUGUGACCUGGUUUGAUAAGACCUUAGCAAGUCUGGUAGAGGAAGAGUUUGGCGAAGAGAAAAAACUCUUGGUGGACUGUGGAAUUGAUGCUUUCUUUGUGGAUUUCUUGCGGGAUGCACCUGAAGCUACAGGUGAAACUUCUGAGGAGGCUGAUGCCGAAAUGCCCAAAAUUUAUGAGCCAGUUGACUCUUUCAAUCAACUGAAAGAGCGUUUGAACAUGUUCCUGCAGCUGUAUAAUGAGAGUGUCCGAGGCGCUGGCAUGGACAUGGUGUUCUUUGAAGAAGCGAUGGUUCACUUAGUCAAGAUCUCUCGAGUCAUUCGUACUCCUCAGGGAAAUGCCCUCCUGGUCGGAGUGGGUGGAUCAGGAAAGCAGAGCCUGACAAGGUUGGCUUCAUUCAUUGCUGGCUACGUUUCCUUCCAGAUCACACUAACGAGAUCCUACAACACAUCAAAUCUGAUGGAUGACCUGAAAAUUUUGUAUAGAACAGCUGGGCAGCAGGGCAAAGGAAUCACUUUUAUUUUCACCGACAAUGAGAUUAAAGAUGAGUCAUUUUUGGAAUAUAUGAACAACGUUUUGUCAUCGGGUGAGGUCUCCAACCUAUUUGCUCGGGAUGAAAUUGAUGAAAUUAAUAGCGAUUUGACAUCAGUGAUGAAGAAAGAACACCCCAGGCACCCUCCUACUAAUGAGAACUUGUAUGACUACUUCAUGAGCCGGGUCCGAAGAAACCUCCACAUUGUGCUCUGCUUUUCGCCUGUGGGGGAGAAAUUUCGAACUCGAGCCUUGAAGUUCCCUGCGCUCAUUUCAGGAUGCACGAUAGACUGGUUCAGCCGAUGGCCUAAGGAUGCCUUAGUUGCUGUGUCUGAACACUUCCUCUCUUCCUAUGAUAUUGACUGUAGUUUGGAAACCAAGAAGGAGGUGGUGUGCUGCAUGGGUUCUUUCCAGGAUGGGGUGGCUGAGAAGUGUGUGGAUUAUUUCCAGAGAUUCAGACGUUCUACCCAUGUGACGCCCAAAUCAUACCUUUCCUUCAUUCAGAGCUAUAAAUUUAUUUAUGGAGAGAAGCAUGUAGAAGUGCAGACCUUGGCCAACAGAAUGAAUACAGGAUUGGAAAAACUAAAAGAAGCUUCAGAGUCUGUGGCAGCCUUGAGCAAAGAACUGGAAAUAAAGGAAAAGGAGUUGCACGUGGCCAAUGAUAAAGCUGACACGGUCUUAAAAGCAGUGACAAUGAAAGCACAAGCUGCUGAAAAAGUCAAGGCUGAGGUACAGAAGGUGAAGGACAAAGCCCAGGUCAUUGUAGACAGCAUCUCAAAAGACAAAGUGAUUGCUGAAGAGAAACUAAAAGCAGCAAAGCCAGCUUUAGAAGAAGCAGAAGCAGCAUUGCAGACCAUCAAGCCUGCUGACAUUGCCACCGUCCGCACGUUGGGGAGACCCCCUCACCUCAUCAUGCGGAUCAUGGACUGUGUGCUGCUGCUGUUUCAAAGAAAGGUCAACGUGGUGAAAAUUGACCUGGAAAAAAGCUGCACCAUUCCUUCCUGGCAGGAAUCUUUAAAACUGAUGACUGCAGGGAACUUUUUACAGAACUUACAGCAAUUCCCAAAAGACAUGAUCAAUGAAGAAGUGAUAGAACUUUUGAGUCCUUACUUUGAAAUGCCAGACUACAACAUCGAAACUGCUAAACGUGUGUGUGGGAAUGUAGCAGGUCUUUGUUCCUGGACCAAAGCCAUGGCUUCCUUCUUUUCUAUAAACAAAGAGGUGCUGCCUCUGAAGGCCAACUUGGUGGUACAGGAGAAUCGUCAUGUCCUGGCCAUGCAGGAUCUGCAGAAAGCCCAGGCUGAGCUGGAUGAAAAGCAGGCGGAGCUUGAUGUGGUACAGGCUGAGUAUGAACAGGCCAUGACUGAGAAGCAGGCCUUGCUUGAAGAUGCAGAGCGGUGCAGACAUAAGAUGCAGACAGCCUCGACUCUCAUCAGCGGCUUGGCGGGCGAAAAAGAAAGAUGGACUGAACAAAGCAAAGAGUUUGCUGCACAAACUAAAAGACUUGUGGGGGAUGUAUUGCUGGCUACAGCUUUUCUGUCUUAUUCUGGACCAUUUAACCAAGAGUUUCGAGAUCUGUUGUUGAAUGAUUGGAAGAAGGAAAUGAAAGCUCGGCAAAUUCCAUUUGGAAACAAUUUAAAUCUCAGUGAGAUGUUGAUCGAUGCUCCUACUAUUAGUGAGUGGAACCUGCAAGGUCUGCCAAAUGAUGACCUGUCCAUUCAGAAUGGAAUUAUUGUCACAAAGGCAUCUCGCUACCCUUUGCUAAUUGAUCCACAGACUCAAGGCAAGACCUGGAUUAAAAAUAAAGAAAGUCAGAAUGAACUCCAGAUCACAUCUCUAAAUCACAAGUACUUCAGAAACCACCUGGAGGACAGCCUUUCUCUUGGAAGACCCUUACUUAUUGAAGACAUUGGGGAAGAACUAGAUCCAGCUUUAGAUAAUGUUUUGGAAAGAAACUUCAUUAAAACUGGAUCUACCUUUAAGGUGAAAGUUGGUGACAAGGAAGUGGAUGUUCUGGAUGGCUUCAGACUCUACAUUACUACCAAACUGCCCAAUCCAGCUUAUACUCCCGAAAUCAGUGCUCGGACCUCCAUCAUUGACUUCACUGUCACCAUGAAAGGUCUGGAAGAUCAGCUACUGGGGAGAGUCAUUCUCACGGAGAAGCAGGAAUUGGAGAAAGAAAGGACUCAUCUGAUGGAAGAUGUAACUGCGAACAAAAGGAGGAUGAAGGAACUAGAAGAUAAUUUGCUUUACCGCCUGACGAGCACUCAGGGGUCCCUGGUGGAAGAUGAGAGUCUAAUUGUUGUACUGAGCAACACCAAAAAGACAGCGGAAGAGGUGACACAGAAGCUGGAAAUUUCUGCGGAGACAGAAAUUCAAAUUAACUCAGCCCGGGAGGAAUACAGACCUGUUGCUACUCGGGGCAGCAUCCUCUACUUCCUCAUCACUGAGAUGCGCUUGGUUAAUGAGAUGUAUCAGACUUCGCUUCGCCAGUUUCUAGGCUUGUUUGACCUUUCCUUAGCCAGAUCUGCCAAGAGUCCAAUUACAAGCAAGAGGACUGCUAAUAUCAUUGAGCACAUGACUUACGAGAUUUACAAGUAUGCUGCCCGUGGGCUGUAUGAGGAGCACAAAUUCCUCUUCACCUUGUUGCUAACCCUAAAGAUUGACAUCCAGAGGAACCGAGUCAAGCAUGAAGAGUUUCUCACUUUUAUUAAAGGUGGUGCUUCAUUGGAUCUUAAAGCCUGUCCUCCUAAACCAGCAAAAUGGAUCCUGGAUAUGACUUGGCUGAAUUUGGUAGAACUUAAUAAACUCAGGCAGUUUUCAGAUGUCCUUGAUCAGAUAUCAAGAAAUGAGAAAAUGUGGAAAAUUUGGUUUGAUAAAGAGAACCCCGAGGAGGAACCUCUUCCAAAUGCUUAUGAUAAAUCUCUUGACUGCUUCCGACGUCUUCUUCUUAUUAGAUCCUGGUGUCCUGACAGAACCAUUGUGCAGGCCCGCAAGUACAUCAUGGACUCUAUGGGAGAAAAAUAUGCAGAAGGAGUUGUUCUGGACUUGGAAAAGACAUGGGAGGAAUCUGACCCACGGACACCACUCAUCUGUCUCCUGUCUAUGGGCUCAGACCCCACGGACUCCAUCAUUGCCUUGGGGAAGAGAUUAAAAAUAGAAACCGGUUAUGUGUCCAUGGGGCAGGGCCAGGAUGUCCAUGCUCGAAAGCUCUUGCAGCAGAGCAUGGCAAAUGGAGGAUGGGCACUUUUACAGAACUGCCACCUAGGACUUGACUUCCUGGAUGAAUUAAUGGACACAGUUACAGAAGCUGAGACUGUGCAUGAUGCCUUCCGCCUGUGGAUGACCACCGAGGUCCAUAAGCAGUUCCCCAUCACACUCCUUCAGAUGUCCAUAAAAUUUGCCAACGAGCCUCCUCAGGGCCUCCGCGCAGGACUGAAAAGGACGUAUGGCGGCGUGAGCCAGGACCUGCUGGAGGUGAGCGGUGGGGUGCAGUGGAAGCCCAUGCUGUACGCCGUGGCUUUCCUUCACUCUGUGGUCCAGGAGCGGCGCAAGUUUGGUCCCCUGGGGUGGAAUAUUCCCUAUGAAUUUAAUCAGGCGGACUUCAACGCCACCGUGCAGUUCAUCCAAAACCACUUAGAUGACAUGGAUAUCAAAAAGGGCAUCUCCUGGACCACUGUCCGCUACAUGAUUGGCGAGAUUCAGUAUGGAGGUAGAGUUACUGAUGACUAUGACAAGAGGUUGUUGAACACAUUUGCCAAGGUUUGGUUUGGUGAGAACAUGUUUGGACCUGAUUUCAGCUUUUACCAUGGAUACCACAUUCCAAAAUGCACCACGGUGGAUAGCUAUCUUCAAUAUAUCCAGAGCUUGCCCACCUAUGACAGCCCCGAGGUGUUCGGGCUGCACCCCAAUGCCGACAUCACCUACCAAAGCAAGCUGGCCAAGGACGUGCUGGACACCAUCCUGGGUAUCCAGCCUAAGGACAGCUCUGGAGGAGGAGAGGAGACCCGCGAGGCUGUGGUGGCCCGGCUGGCUGACGAUAUGCUGGAGAAGCUGCCCCCAGACUACAGCCCAUUUGAUGUGAAAGAGAGGCUGCAGAAGAUGGGGCCAUUCCAGCCGAUGAACAUCUUCCUCAGGCAGGAGAUAGACAGAAUGCAGAGUGUGCUGAGCCUUGUCCGCAGCACACUGACUGAGCUGAAACUUGCGAUCGAUGGCACCAUCAUCAUGAGCGAAAAUCUGCGAGAUGCACUGGAUUGCAUGUUUGAUGCCAGAAUCCCUGCUCGUUGGAGAAAAGCAUCGUGGGUUUCAAGCACACUGGGGUUCUGGUUUACUGAACUUCUAGAAAGAAACUGCCAAUUUACCUCCUGGGUUUUCAAUGGCCGACCCCACUGCUUUUGGAUGACAGGCUUUUUUAACUCUCAAGGAUUUUUAACUGCAAUGCGACAGGAAAUAACUCGGGCCAACAAAGGCUGGGCUCUGGACAAUACGGUACUUUUCAACGAAGUCACCAAGUGGAUGAAGGAUGAUAUCUCCGCCCCUCCCUCGGAGGGUGUCUAUGUGUAUGGCUUGUAUCUGGAAGGCGCCGGCUGGGACAAGAGGAACAUGAGGCUCACUGAAUCGAAACCCAAAGUGCUCUUUGAGUUGAUGCCUGUCAUAAGGAUUUAUGCAGAAAACAGCACCCUAAAAGAUCCUCGGUUUUACUCGUGCCCCAUUUACAAGAAGCCAGUUCGCACAAACUUGAACUACAUCGCUGCUGUCGACCUCAGGACGGCCCAGGCCCCGGAACACUGGGUGCUCCGUGGGGUGGCCCUUCUCUGUGAUGUCAAGUAACAGCGCACCCCACCCAGUACUUUGGAAAAUGUGAGAUCUGAGUUACUACUGUCUUUAUUUCUCUAUGCAUGCUAAACAGUGUGUAAGCCAGGUUGCUUGUGCAGUUAAUGAGUAGUGUAGUUUUCCUCUAGUAUUUAGUUGGGUGUUUGAUCACAUUUUACCUGUUUCAUCAUUAGUGAGCAACAACUGGGUUUGUUGAGAAGAUAUUUAGUGACUUAAAAGUAAAAUUUACAACUUCCUAAUGAAGCACAGCCUUCAAAUCUGCAAUAAUUCAUUUUCUUCUUCACUUUGAAGGUCAAUUAAGUUAAGCAGAUGUGUCCUUCCCUUGAAGGGGUUAUUCUGUGAAUGUGCUUAUGGUGAUAGCUACAUUCGCCAGGGUAACACGAUGUUAAUGCAAGGUAAAGGCAAGUUUGUGCUGAUUUUGCUUUUGUUGUCUUUUGGAUUAAAUCAGGUUGAGAUUUAUUUUCAAGGCUUCAAGAAACCUGUAAAGAAGAUCUUUUGAAAACUGGAAGGAAAUAGAAAAAGGGGUUAAGAAUAUAAGUAGAUCAUUCAUAUAAACCUAUAGAGUGAACAUAUAGAAUAGUGAGAAAUCCCAUUUAUGAUUAGUAGUGAGAUAUGAAGUGAUACAGUAAAAGUAACUGAGAGAGAAUUAUAGUGCAGUAUCUAUAAAAAUGAUAGUUGAUUUGUGAGAAUUGUGAUAAACCAAUUAUAUUAUUUUGAAAACCAAAUAAUGAAAAUGUGGAUUUAAUACAAUAAAAGAUUAUUUGUCAAUGCCUGAA